CACAAAGAUGGAUGUCCUAMACAUUGAAGGGGUGCGAUUCAUUACAUAUUAACAAAACGCAUUCUUUGGCUUCACAAACCAGAUGCUGUUUCUAAGUCGUAGUGGAGAUCCCAGGAACUCUAUYUUGAUUUACUUUCCUGUAGCGUACCAUUUGGAUAAAGCUGUCGGUUUGAUGGUACUGUGGGUGGCUGUGAUAUCCGAAUGGUUGAACCUUAUUCUCAAAUGGUUUUUGAGAGGUGAAAGACCCUAUUGGUGGGUCAAUGAAAGUGAUGUUUGGAAAGAUAUAAAGCUGUUCCAGUAUCCAUUAACCUGUGAAACUGGUCCAGUCUCUUUGUCGAGGUUAUUCAUUGCUACACACUUUCCUCACCAAGUUAUUGGAGGUGUUUUCGGUGGUAUUGCUAUCUCAUACAUAACUCAAAAAAAUCUAGAUUUAUCAAAGUUUACAAGUGUUCAAAAAUGCAGCUUUGUUUCAUUCAUGCUUAUGAUUCUGUCUCUUGGUUUUUAUGAAAUUCUUUCACAUGCAGUUUUUGAUCCUUCUGAAUCUGUUCUCAAAGCACAAAAGUGGUCUGCUCAUCCAAGGUAUAUCCAUAUAGAAACAAGGCCGGGAGACUUUAAUAUUAAUUGAUUUAUUGAAAAUAGACUUACAUGUAGAUUCAGAGAAUUUCAUUAGUACACUUGGCUCUUUCUUCUUCCAGCCACAAGUUUUGCAACCGACAAGAAUCACUAGCCACUCURCAACACUUAUUGACAAUAUUUUCUUCAAUUCCWUAGAACAUAAUAUCAUAAGUGGUAAUAUAGUAUAUGAUCUCACAGAUCAUUUACCUAAUUUUAUUAUUUUUGACAAGCCUGUGCAUUUAAAAUCUACGGGAAAUGUUCAUAAAAGAAAUUAUUCUAAACUAAACAAGUCUGCAUUGAUCGAUGAAAUUUCAUCAAUAAAUUGGCUGUCAGCAUUUCCUCCCGAGCUUGAUCCAUCUGAAAUGUUCAGUUGUUUUCAYAAUAGAGUAUCUGAAAUAGUUGAUAGGCAUGUACCAAUAAGACAACUGUCUAGGAAAGAAAUAAAAUUCAAUUCAAAGCCCUGGAUAACCCAAGGA